CUUUCAAUUUCUAUAUUAAUAAAAUUCCAAGUGUAUUAAAUUUAUUGUGUCAAUGCAUUGCCCGUUUUUAUGCCGGAACUUAAAGAAAAAAGGAGCAAAGGAAUCUCACCAGUCUCCUUCCAGCUCUGCGCACCAUCAGCGGAAUUGGUUAGGCGAAUUGGUCUUCAGUUGCUUGGAAACUGUGCCAUUAGAUCCGAAUGAAACUCCCUACUAUAAGAAAUAUACCCGCAAUUUAAGCAACAAUUCAAGACCUGUUCUGCCCAGCUGGCUGAUAGGGCCACAACAGCGAAAAUUAAAAAAAAAUGGCAUCAAUCAGGUGUACAACUACGUGCAAUCUGUCAAUCUUAUACCACUUCAUCAACAAGGACCACAAACAGAGGGUGAAAAGUAUAUGGAUAAGAAAAAAGAGAUACAACGAGCAUACCGAAUUAUUCCGCCAUUCUCGAAGCAAAAGAAAGCAACAAAAAUCGGCAAAGAUCCAAAUGUUGAUAGUUUCGCAUAUAAGAAGAAAAAUAUACAGCCUUUCUCGAAGCAUACUACACAAGAUAAAUCUGAAGACUCGAAGUCAAGCUCCAGCUCAAUUCCAAAAGAUAAAAAAAUUAAAAAUAUCGUGAGAGAACUACGGCAAAUAAAUAAAAAACAGCCAGAACGUUUAUACUAUAAACCUUUUUCAACCUACAAAAUUAGGCAAUUAAGAGAUAAAGAAGCUGAAUAUAAACAUUAUCACCGUUACUCAAACCAGAGAAAAAUUAAUGCCAAUCUCCAAGAACUAAAACUUCUACAGCUAUGCAAUUCGCAAAUUUGUGCAAAGUCAAAUAAAAACAAACAGAAGUCGAAGGCGAAGCAUAUAGAAGACAAUAAACGGAAGAAUGUCAUGAAAAUGAAGAAAAAUAAUAAUAAAAAGGAAAAGGAAAAGAAUAAAGAAAAGAAUUCAGCACGAAUUGAGGCACCAGCCAAAAUCAAGCAAAGUAGUUCUAAAACAAGUCAAUGUGCUGAAACAAAGGAUAAAAACUCAGAUGAGCCAACGAAAUCAACUCAUAAUAUUCUAUCAGUCAAUAAAAAAAAGAAGAGAAGUAAGCCAAAACUAUUUCAUUUAGAUAUAGCAGUACAUCCUAUCAAAGAGUCCAAGAAGAAGCCUAGACCCAAGGAAAAAAAUGUAAGCCAUCCGGCUGUUCAGAUUCCAAAGAGUUUUCCAAUAAAGCAGAAUAAUAAAAUGAAGGAACGGAAGAGAAGUCAUUUAAAUAGGUUAGCAGCACAGGCGGCAAGAAACUAUCUUAUAAAGAAGAUAAAUGGAAAGCAUAAAACAAAUAUAAAAAAUUUAGAUAAUACAGUCAUUAAGGUGCCAAAAAGCCAUCAAACAAAGGGGACCAAUGAAAAGCAUAAAAGGAAAUUAGAUGGUACGACUGGAAAGAGACCAAAGGAGAAGACCAAUAGAAUGCAAAGAAUUUUCGGAAAUAGUUUGAACUAUACGGAUGAGGAGUUGCUCAGGAAGUUAAAUCAUUUAAGAAGGUUAGCUAAAUUGAACUUGGCAAAUUCUGCGAUGAAAGAGACAGAUAAAACAAAUGAAAUGAAUGGCGAGGAUGCGACUACUGAGCUGCCAGUGGUGUAUCCUCUAAAGGGGACAAAUAGUAAGGAUGAAACUCGAGUGAAGUAUGUGGGUGAUGGUGUUUCUAAGCUGCCUACAAAAACGGACAAUAAAAUGGGUAAGGAGAAGAGGACAGAUAGAACCGAUAAAGUCCAGUUCAACGAAACGACUACAGAUCAAACAAAGAAAAUUCGUAUAGAUAAUGCGACUACUGAGCUGCCACUAAAGAAGGUCGUUAAACACGUUAAAAAGAAGAAGAAAAUUGAAACCAAUAAAGGUAAAGUUCAGAUAAAUGAACACCGAUACAGUACGACUAUCAUACCAAGUUCACACAGCCUUAAGCCAGAUGAUCGGAAAUCAUCAAGAUCAUCGAUAUCAUCGAUAAUCUCAAAGGAGUUAAUCAAAAGGCAAAUAUCCCAAGAUCGCAGAAUGGAACCCAGAUACAAAGAGUAUUUAAAGAAACUCAACGUUUACGAUAACUAUACGGGUACAAUGCCUUCGAAUGCAAUUAGUGCUCUUUCGAUUGCCACCAGUGGGACAUCAAAGUCGAUGGCCCUUUCCAAUGAUAGUAGAAGUACAGCUAAGCUUGUGCAUGAGCCAAAAUACGCUAUUUCACUCUAUGGACCACUUCCAAACAUUGAAGCCGAUGGAUCAAUCAAAGUUUCCUCCGUACCCAAGAAGAAAACUUUGAAUGUUGCUGAGCAAGGGGUUUACGAAUUUCGAAAUCUCUCCCAAUUUAACCCGAAUUUAAGCAAAAGCAAAAAUAGAACAAUGAAGCGGAACCUCCGGAAGGAGCCUAUUUAUACGACAAACGAGCCUGUGAAUUCGACUGAAGUGCCACGCUUACAUGUCCAUCAAGCUAAAGAGGAACAAAAGUACGAAAAGAGUCGUUCACAGUUAGAAUUGCAUAUAAGAGAAUUGCUGAAAAUAGUUGAAACUCGCGACGAUUUGCCGGUGAAGAAAACACCGCGAAACUUUGUGCUGGAGGCCCAAACGAAGUCUUGGCCAACCAAACGAUCAAACGAUCGAAUCAAGAAACCAGUCAAGCACAAGAGAUUCGAAUUAUGCACAAAAAUGGAAAAAAUAUAUGUUCCCGGAAGUUCCAAACCGAUUUUCGUGCGACGUUACUGCAGAAAGCCGCUGCCGACGCCGCCGCCGUCAGAGUUGCCAGAUGUAGAGCCCGCGAAGCCUCCAUAUGAGACCUGCCAGACCUUUGACCUGAGCAGGACGGAAGACGACCCGCCGCUGAUCAGAGAGAUGAAGGCCGCAUGGAACAAAAUACAGCUGAGGAACUACUAUCGUUUCAUUAUACGACGCAACGAACGGGACAGCAAGGGGCCAACUCAGUGCGGGAACAAAUGCUCGCACAAUCAUUGUAGUCAUAUAAUGUGUUCGUGA